GCUAGUUUACGACUUAUAGUAGUUUUGCGCAUACCACAGAAUCGUGCAAGUGUCAGCCUAGCUUAAGGAUCCAUCUGAUUUCCACACCCGGAAUCAUCACAUUAUAGCACUAAAUUUGUAAAGAAGACGUCUGCUCUAUCGAGCUUAAAUGGGCAUGAUGGAGUACCUGGGUUUAUAAUCACUACGCCAAGUGAAAUUAGUAUUUUCAAUCUCAUCAAAGUUAAUUUGAUUGUAUCGGUGCUGUCACUGUCUUCAGUGUUUGAGUCUCUCAUUAGAAAGGUAUUGUGAUUCUACCUAAUCUUCAAACUCAUCUUGCCUUCGUUGACUUCCCUAUAGAGGGGUCAUCACUAUUCAUGGCAGCAUGCAUGGAGAUAAAAUGAUUUCAUCUUGUUGUUAUAGCAACAAAGAUUAUACUUGGUUGAUUUCAUUAUAUGCCUGAAGAAUUAAGCUUCUUACGCUGAUUACUUCUUCGUAGUAUAUUGCUUUUAAUGGAAGAUAUUUGUUAAGGCUCAACAUUAACCAAUGCACGGUAAAAAAUAGAUAAUCGCUGAUUGCAUCAUAGAUCAAAACCCUGCGAAAUAACAAGUACACUUCAUUUGUCAGGAACAAAAUUGGACGGAAUCGACACUUCAAAAACUGUCAGGUUUUUGAUUAGUGGUUGUCAAAGCUUCACGCCAAUGCAUUUCAAUUUCAAGGACGGUGAAAACUCCAGUAUAACUCAUUUUGUUAAAACCAUUAAGCUCGAUCGGAGAGUCGUUCUAGAAGACCAUGAUAGUCUGCUCAUUAUGGAAGUGUGUGUUUAUUGGAAGAAGGUUAUAUACUAUUUUGUGAGUUAAACAUGGCGUUUGUUAAAUCGUUGAGAACGAUCUGCACGCGAAGGGUUAUCAUCCCGACAGUUCUUUGGUUUUCGUAUCUCAUAAUUGGAGCUUACAUGUUCAGUCGGAUAGAAAGGACGAGAGAAAGGGAUCAUGAUGAUGAAGAAACACAAUGGCUUUACAAUCUGAUAGCAGAGACGAUCAGGAAUGUAUCCAGAGACCAGGCUAAUUUCUCAUCGGGGGGACUACAUUUGGACGAUCUGACCAAUAAUACGAUUUCUGGAUUCGCUGAUAAAAUAUUCGAUCGCUGUCAUCCUGAAAAGCGCAAUUACAAAUGGGACAUGGCAGGGGGCGUACACUUCUGUCUCACCGUGGUGUCUACUAUAGGUUAUGGUCUAAUAGUCCCCCGGACUCAACUUGGACGCGCUGUAUGCGUCAUCUAUGCUAUGAUGGGAAUCCCCAUCAACAUAAUCUUUAUGGCUGGCAUCGGUCGAGUACUCGCCCGUUUAAUCGAUCGGACCUAUUGUCUAUUUUUGAGGGUUUUUCAUCUCUGCCCUUGUUCGAAACCCAAACCAAAGCAUGAACGUCAGAAAGAAGAAAACUGCACAGGUAAAACCCGCCAAUGCAGACCGAGCAUGCGAAGCAAUCAGGUAUCAGGUGAGGGCGCUGCACUGCCUGACUCUGGGCACGCUAAACAUACGCAGAAGUGUGAUAUGAUUCACGAGGCAUACGAUAGAGUCACCAGGUCAUCGGUGUUCCAUGUGAUGUAUUCUGAUUGGUCGAAGAAACAGCCAGAGACUAGUUUCACUGGACCCAAUCUCCCCGAAGUUCAUGAGUCGGGUCAAAUUGGCCUAUCUGAGGAAGCAAAUUCUUGUAAGGAUGCCGAUAAGACUAGCAGAUCUGAAUCUGCAGAAGAUAAAGACAUGGAUGAAGAGAAAAGUGGAAGACCUCUAGCACCAGUUUGGUUCAUAAUCCUUUUUGUUUCGGUUAGUGCCUCCAUAUUUGAUAUAAUAAUAUGGAACACUGACGUCUUGGAAGACGAUUGGACCCUUAUUGAUCUUAUGUAUUUCAAAUUUAUCACGUACUCUACAAUCGGUUUUGGCGAUCUCUAUAUCAAUCCACCGAAAAAGGCUCGUCAUGGACUUUCUGUUUGCGCUGAUAUAGUUACUAUUGUGCUUGGGAUGUCUUUCCUCUCUAUGGUUCUAAACAUCAUUACGUCCUCUGACCGGUUGAACCAAUCUCUUAAUUUUGUCACGUGCCUGUUACAUACAAUGUGGCAGUAUAUUUCGAAUGUGUUAUGCAGGAGAGAUCGCCCAUAAAUGUCUCAAGUAUAGACCAUAAACAUAAUGUACAUACAUUUAUUUUAUUGUCAUAUCUACAACUACUUCCACUACUACUGCUGCUAUCACUGCUAC